AUGCCUCGCUUUGACGACUCUGACUUCGGCGUCGAGGCCUCUCCCUCCGCUGCUGCUCCUCGCGGCUCUACAAACGACACCCGUUCGCCGGGAGACCGUGGCAGCACCGGCGGCCAACUGCCCAUUCCCAACGUCGACAACAUCGUUGAGGUCCCUGCCACCCGCAGCUCCAUCAGCGAUGCCGCUUCCUUCAUGCACAACCUGAGCUUGGCUCCCUCAUCCCGGGACCGCCGCGGCUCUCGCAACUCCUUCGGCACAUCUCUCCCCAUCCCCCGCUCUCCUCGUGUCUCUCGUCUCUCCUCCGUUGUGCCUGCCGACGUCUCCCGCGACAUCCUGGCCUCUCAGAUCCAGGAUAUGUCCAAGGAGAAGGUCGCCGCUGCUAAGAACAUGGCUUUCGCUUUCGACAUUGACGGUGUGCUUGCUCACGGUAACCACCCCAUUGAGGAGGCCAAGCAGGCCCUCAAGAUGCUCAACGGCGACAACGAGCUCGGAAUCAAGAUCCCCUACAUUCUCCUGACCAACGGUGGUGGUAAGACCGAGGCUGCCCGUUGCCAGCAGCUCUCCGAGGUCCUCGACUGCCCCAUCUCCACCGACCAGUUCAUCCAGUCCCACACCCCCAUGCAGGCGCUGUCCGACUACUACGAGACCGUCCUGGUCUGCGGUGGUGAGGGCACCAAGAUCCGUGAAGUCGCCGAGAACUACGGCUUCAAGAACGUCGUCCUCCCCAAGGACAUCCAAGCGUGGGACCCCACCGUCUCCCCCUGGGGCCACUUCAGCGAGCAGGACCGCAACGAGGCCAAGCCCCGCGACUUCUCCAAGAUCAAGUUCGACGCCAUCCUCGUCUUCGCCGACUCCCGCGACUACCAGACCGACUUCCAGAUCAUCAUGGACCUCCUCCUCUCCGAGGACGGCCGCCUCCUCACCCGCGCCAAGGACCUCGCCCAGGGCCGCAUCCCCAUCUACUUUUCCCAGGGUGACCUGAUCAUGCCCACAGACCACAAGGGCCCCACCCGUCUCACACAGGGUCUGUACCGUAUCUCCAUCGAAGCCCAGUACAAGGCUCUGACGGGCCUUGACCUCGAGCGUGUUGUCUACGGAAAGCCCGAAGAGGCUACCUAUAAGUACGCCGACGAGGUCCUGCGUUCGUGGAUGGAGCAGAUCCACAACGAGAACACCCUGCCCCAGAACAUCUACAUGGUCGGUGACAACCCGGCCUCCGACAUCUGCGGUGGCAACAUGCACGGCUGGAACACCUGCCUCGUCCGCACCGGUGUCUUCCAGGGCGGCGACAACGACGACACCAACCCGGCCAACUUCGGCGUCUUCCCUCACGUCCUCGAGGCCGUCAAGGCCGCCGUCCGCAAGGAGCUCGGCCAGGAGUUCAAGUUCAAGUGGAACCCCAAGGUCAACCCUGUCCUGCACGGCAACAACGCCUCCGCCAUCGAAUAG